CUGUGUUGACUCAUGUCUGGGUCAGUCAGGCACAGUCACUCAAGAAAUAUGCAUUUUCACAAUAGCUGGAAAGCGGACAGUUAAAUGGAUUACAGCACAAAGCAAUGAUGCGUGCAUUUUUUUUAAUAUUUAGUGCAGACAGUAGCUGCUUCCAUGGCUACCACGUACCGGAGCCACGAAGAAGAACUUUCUCGCAGGGCGUGGUGGGAUAGGAGUCUCCUCAGUGGAGGACUGAAAACAGUGCCCCAGCUGGCUGGCUAGCUGCAGAGAAGAUGGCUGCAGAGGGGAUUUUCAGGCCAGUGUCUGAAAACAGUGCACCGUUUGUCAUGUUCGGCGACCACUAGCCAGCGUGUCACCCCGGUUGUUCCGUCGGUCGGUUCCGCUCGGAUUCGUCGGAGGGGGAUAAAACAACAUGGGGUCGCAGACUCUACAGAUCCUGAGGCAGGGGGUCUGGGCUUCAGUCACAGGCGGAUGGUACUACGACCCCGAUCAGAACACAUUCGUCAACGCUUUACAUCUCUACAUCUGGCUGUUUCUGCUAUGUUUCCCCUUCACACUUUACAUGGCCCUGCCACCAACCAUGGUGAUAGUGGGAAUCUACUGUGGUGUGAUUGCUGCCAUGUUUCUGCUGCUGAAGACGGUGAAUUACCGCCUCCACCAUGCCCUGGAUGAGGGGGAGGUGGUGGAACACCAGGCCAAGGAGAGUCAGGGCGGCAGAGGUGGCACAGAGGGGGCUAAUGAUGGAGGUGUUACACGUCGGGAGGACAGCAACGGCCCGGGGGACCCUGGAGGGGGCAUUGAGAUGGCAGACUUCAUCAGGCAAGAGACUCCGCCAGUGGACUGCAGUUCCAGGAACUCCUAUAUUGGGAUGGAGUCUAACCAGCAGAUUGCGUCCAACCAUGGAAGAGCAACAGUUGCCAAAGGCGAUGUGGGAAAGACCUCAGAUGACAUCAGUUUGACUCUUGUUGAGAGCUGCAGUCAUGAUCAUGAUCUGCUAUCGGACGCGAAGAUGUACUGCCUUGUUCCCAACGAUUCCUUUGCCUCCCUGCAGCCGUCAACCUCCCUGUGUCCUUCAGAGCUGUCCAGGGAGCCUGCUGAUAUCUGUAACUCUGCUGCUUAUCACUUCAGUUUGUCACACUCCUCCUGUGACACAGAGGUGACCCCUCAUGCAUCCAUGCAAUCUCAGACCUUUAGGAAGGAGCUCCGUUCUCGGGGCCUGCCUCGGACCUCUAGCUCGGCGGGUUCUGCUUUUCCUGACCCGUGUCUACCAGACUUUGCCCUGUACCCUCCACCCAGAAGAGGUGGCCUUGACCCUGUGUGUGAGCUGGAGACUGUCAGACCGCACAGGCCAGGGCCAGGUGAUAGAGAGGGGGCUGAGCGGCUGUACCAGCAGGACCAAGCUGUACCCUCCACCUCUGGAAUAGAGUGUUACAGGCACAAAGAACAACGCAGAGUUGCUCGCUCAGCCUCCAGGGAGGCUGGGGAAGGUAGCUCAGGAUUGUAUCAGGUGGAGGUGGGUGGUAAUGGGAAAAGCUCUGGUGGAGGAGGAAAGUCCCAGGGAGGCGAGCGUAGUGCUGAUAGCCUGAGGAGCCUGAGUACACGCAGUAGUGGCUCCACUGAGAGCUACUGCAGUGGCACAGACAGGGACACCAACAGCACUGUCAGUAGCUUUCACAGUGAGCAGACCAGCUCUACACAUGUGGAAAGCCUGCUCUCGCUUUCAGGGGAUGAACGUGUUCGGGACAGAGGAGAUGCUGUAUCUGCUCCUGCAGACGGCAGGACUACGAGCCUCGGCAGUGUAAGCUCUCGAGGUCUCAACACCCUUCCCUCCAGGGAGGCCAAUAAAAACCCUCAUGCCAAUGAGCUGACUGCUAAACAACCUGCUGACACAUCGUCCCCAGCAGCCCAAGAGCUGGUAGAACCUGGUAGGUGCCAGGAAGAGCCUGGCAUCAGGACCAGUGCUGAUGGCUCAACAGGUGUAGCUGCUAUAGAGCAAGAGCAGGUGAAAGACAACAUUCAACCAAAGUCAGCCAACAUUGUUCAGAGGACUUCUUCCCUGUCAACGGGGCGCAGCGGACGCCGGCGGACUGGCAAGAAAAGGGCAAGCAGUUUUGACGCAAGCCGUCACCGGGACUACAUGUCUUUACGUGGUAUGACCAAGCCUUGUAGUGCUGUGUUUACUGGGGGUGGAGAGGAGGACUCCAGUGACCAGAGUGAACUCAGCUGUGCCUCCAGUCUCCACUCCACCCACCACCUAAGCACAGACAGCUCAUCUAGUACCACUUCCCGCUCCUGCCACUCACCAGAGGGCCGCUACAGGGCCCUGAAAGCCAAGCACACUGCAGCCAGUGCAGCCUCCUCCUCCUCCUCCACAGUGAAAGCUGCGUCAGGAUCUGAGGCAGGAGUUCGAACUGGAGGAAAGCGGCGCACCUCCCGCCGUACCCCCAGCACAGGCAGUGCCAAAACGCAUGCCAGAGUAUUAAGUUUGGACAGUGGUACGGCUGCCUGCCUUAAUGAUCCCAGCCGCCUAGGAGCUCCAGCUGGGCCUCGGCCCCUUACCACCUCCAAGUCGGACCUGGAAGCCAAAGAAGGGGAAGUCCUUGAUGCGGCAUCCCUGCUGGGUCGGGCCUCCCAGCUGGAGUCGGUGACCCGCUCCAGAAACAGUCUGCCCAACCAGGCAGCUUUCACUGAGCCUCAGGAUGCCACUGCUGCUUCCCUGCGGGCCCCAGGAAGCGAGGAGACGGUCAUAUUUCGGCGUGAGCGUAGCACGUUUCGUCGGCAGGCAGUGCGGCGGCGACACAACGCAGGGAGUAACCCCACCCCACCCACCUCUCUCAUUGGAUCUCCUCUCAGUCUUCAGGAGGCACUCAGCCAGGCCUCCCAGCCUUCUACUUCCCAGGUGAAAAGUCAGCCAUCCAGAACUCCGUCCCAGGUGACCAUGCUGAGCGCAAGCGCCUCCCUGCUGGCCAGGAAUGGAAGCACACACCUGGAAGGUUCUCAGGACAAGGCCUCGACCAUUGGCGCUACCAGCUUGCAGGACGACUUUGGAAAGCUCACUCCCUCCUUGUACGAGGCCGGCGGAUGUGACAUGUCCCUGGUCAAUUUUGAACCUGCAACAAGACGAGCCUCCAAUAACGUAUGGGACACUGACUCCCACCUCUCCAGUUCUACCUCAGUUCGCUUCUACCCUCAUGACCUGAUCUCCCUCCCUCAGAUCCGUCUGAACCGUCUGCUGACAAUGGACCCAGAGCUGCUGGAGCAGCAGGACGGAGAUCUGAGCCCAGAGCUCCAGGAUGCACCGCUGCCCCAAGAGGACCUUGUAGCCACCGCUGCUGCUAGCAAAGCCAGGCAGUAUUACCGCUUGUGGCUUCUCCCCUACCUGUGGGUCGGCCUGCACUUUGACCGCCUCACACUGCUGGCGCUGUUUGACAGGAACCGUGAGGUUUUGGAGAACGUGCUGGCGGUGGUGCUGGCUGUCCUGGUGGCCUUUCUGGGUUCAGUGCUGCUGGUCCACGGCUUCUUCACCGACAUCUGGGUCUUUCAGUUCUGCCUCGUCAUUGCCAGUUGCCAGUAUUCCUUACUAAAGAGUGUCCAACCUGACUCCUCUUCCCCUCGACAUGGCCAUAAUCGUAUCAUAGCGUACAGCCGGCCUGUCUACUUCUGCCUGUGCUGUGGCCUCAUUUGGCUGCUCCACUACGGCAGCCUGAGGAUCACUUCAUCCCGCUUCACCCUGUACGGAGUCGCUCUCACCAGCUCCCUGGUACUCGCCUCUGCCAGGGACCUUGUCAUAGUCUUUACUCUGUGUUUUCCCAUCAUCUUCUUCGUGGGGCUUCUGCCACAAGUCAACACAUUUGUCAUGUACCUCUUCGAGCAGCUGGACAUCCAUGUGUUCGGGGGCAAUGCCUCCACAAGCCUUCUGUCAGCGCUGUACAGCACCCUGCGCAGCAUCGUCACCGUCGCUCUGCUUUAUGGCUUCUGCUACGGAGCUCUGAAGGAGACCUGGGAGCCUCAUCACAUCCCUGUGUUAUUUUCUGUCUUCUGUGGCCUCUUGGUGGCAGUGUCUUACCACCUGAGCCGGCAAAGCAGCGACCCUUCUGUCCUCAUCUCGCUGAUACAGUCCAAGAUUUUGCCCAAUUUAAAGGACAAAAACCCAGAGGACCCUUUGUCAGAAGUACAAGAUCCUCUACCUGAGAAGCUCAGGGCCUCUGUGAAUGAGCGUCUGCAGUCUGACCUGAUCGUCUGUGUGGUCAUUGCUGUCCUUUACUUUGCCAUCCAUGUCAGCACAGUGUUCAUUGCACUGCAGCCUUUCCUUAGUUAUGUCCUGUACGCUCUGCUGGGGACGGUGGGUUUGCUCACCCACUACCUGCUGCCUCAAGUCCGCAAGCAGCUGCCAUGGUACUGCUUCUCUCACCCUCUGCUCAAAACAAAGGAGUACUAUCAGUUUGAAGUCAGGGAUGCGGCUCAUGUCAUGUGGUUUGAGAAGCUUCACGUGUGGCUGCUGUUUGUGGAAAAGAAUGUUCUCUAUCCUCUCGUCAUCCUUAACGAGCUGAGUGGCAGCGCCAGAGAGCUCGCCAGCCCAAAGAGGCUCGACACUGAAGUCGGAGCUCUGAUGAUCACAGUGGCCGGCCUGAAGCUGCUUCGUUCCUCUUACAGCAGUCCCACCUACCAGUAUGUGAGCAUCCUGUUCACCGUUCUCUUCUUCACCUUCGACUACCGUCAUCUGUCUGAGACACUGCUGCUCGACCUUUUCCUCAUGUCCAUUGUUUUCAGCAAGUUGUGGGAGUUGUUCUACAAGCUGCACUUUGUCUACACCUACAUCGCCCCCUGGCAGAUCACAUGGGGCUCAGCUUUCCACGCCUUUGCUCAGCCCUUUGCCGUGCCUCACUCUGCCAUGCUGUUUGUCCAGGCUGUAGUGUCAGCAAUCUUCUCCACUCCCCUCAACCCCUUCCUGGGCAGUGCCAUCUUCAUCACUUCCUAUGUCCGCCCAGUCAAGUUCUGGGAGAGAGACUACAACACCAAAAGAGUAGAUCACUCUAACACCCGGCUGGCCUCUCAGCUGGACAGAAAUCCAGGAUCCGACGACAACAACUUGAACUCCAUCUUCUAUGAGCACCUUACCCGCUCCCUGCAGCACAGCCUGUGUGGAGACCUCCUCCUGGGUCGCUGGGGAAACUUCAGCACCGGGGAUUGUUUUAUCCUGGCCUCUGACUACCUGAACGCUCUGGUGCACCUUAUAGAGAUCGGCAACGGCCUCGUCACCUUUCAGCUGCGAGGGCUGGAGUUCAGAGGUACUUACUGUCAGCAGAGGGAAGUGGAGGCCAUCACUGAGGGGGUGGAGGAAGAUGAAGGCUGCUGCUGCUGUGAGCCAGGCCACCUCCCUCACCUCCUGUCCUUUAAUGCUGCCUUCGGGCAGCGCUGGCUGGCCUGGGAGGUGCUGGUCACCAAAUAUGUGCUGGAGGGCUACAGCAUCACCGAUAACAGCGCUGCCUCCAUGCUGCAGGUGUUCGAUCUGCGACGUAUCCUCACCACCUACUACGUCAAGGGUAUUAUCUAUUAUGUGAUCGCCUCCCCCAAACUGGAAGAGUGGCUGGCUAAUGAGACCAUGAAAGACGGCCUGAGAGGAUGUGGUGAGAGGAACUACGUCGACCUGGAUCCCACCUUCAAUCCCAACAUCGACGAGGACUACGACCAUCGGCUCGCAGGCAUCUCCAGGGACAGUUUCUGUGGGGUCUACCUGGGCUGGAUCCAAUACUGCAAUUCUCGAAGAGCCAAGCCGCUGGAGAGUGAGAAGGACUCUGCUCUGGUGCUGCUCUGCUUCGGCCUGUGUGUGCUGGGAAGGAGAGCUCUGGGAACAGCGGCUCAUCAUAUGUCCAGCAAUCUGGAGUCUUUCCUUUAUGGACUUCAUGCAUUAUUUAAGGGAGAUUUCCGCAUCUCUUCAGUACGAGAUGAGUGGAUCUUCGCAGACAUGGAACUGCUCAGGAAAGUCGUGGUGCCUGGAAUCCGAAUGUCUCUCAAAUUACACCAGGACCACUUCACAUCCCCGGAUGAGUACGAUGAGCCUGCGGUUCUUUUCGAGGCCAUCUCCUCCCACCAGCAAAACCUAGUCAUCGCUCAUGAGGGCGACCCAGCCUGGAGGAGCGCCGUGCUGUCCAACGCUCCGUCGCUCCUCGCCCUGCGCCACGUCCUCGAUGAAGGCACCAACGAGUACAAAAUCAUCAUGCUCAAUCGACGAUACCUCAGCUUCCGUGUCAUCAAGGUGAAUAAAGAAUGUGUCCGAGGUCUUUGGGCAGGGCAGCAGCAGGAGUUGGUGUUUCUGAGAAACAGAAACCCAGAGCGUGGGAGCAUCCAGAAUGCCAAGCAGGCUCUACGUAACAUGAUCAAUUCCUCCUGUGACCAGCCCAUCGGUUACCCAAUCUACGUAUCUCCACUGACCACCUCCUACUGCAACUCACACCCCCAGCUCGGACACAUCCUGGGAGGCCCCAUCAGCAUCGGAAAUAUCCGCAACUUUGUCGUCAGCACCUGGCACAGGUUACGAAAAGGCUGCGGUGCGGGCUGUAACAGUGGAGGGAACAUUGAGGAUUCAGAUGCAGGGGGGCUGUCUUGUGGCAGUGGGAAUGGGACGGGUGGAGACUCUCAGCAGAGCUCAGUGUCACAGGGUGGGACAUCUGGACCUGCCCCCCCUUACUCUUACCAGCCACACCCUCUGGGCACCAGUCAGAGUUCUCAGUCCGUUCAGUCUGGUUUGGUACGCCACUCUCCUGCCCGAGCCUCCGUCGCCAGCCAGUCGUCCUCUUACCGCUACAGCAGCAGCCGCCACUCCUCCCUGCGCACUUCCACCACAGGCUUGGAGCCCUGUCGACGUUCCUCUACCAGCCAGCUGUCUCUGCGCACGCUCCCCACCUCCCUGCAGCUCCGGCUGGGCUCCACCUCUGACCCCGCCGGCCCUUCCACCUCCCUGUCCAGCCACAGCAUCCCUCCCUGCAAACGCCACACGCUCGUGGGCCUCCUGGGCAACGACGGCCUGUGCAGCACCGUCACCGAUCCCCUCAGCCAGCAUCACCACCAUCACCACCACCCACAGCAACACAACCCCACCGUCUCCACUGUGCGCAGAGAUGACAUCUCCUACAGAGUGCAGAUUGUGGACGUGAGUCAGGUGCUGGAGAACAUCAACUUAUCGAAGAGGAAGGAGCUGCAGUGGCCUUACGAGACCAUAAGAGUGAGGGCAGGGCGGAACAGCUGGAAGGAGUGGAGCCCUGUAGAGGGCAUGGAAGGACAUGUGAUUCACCGGUGGGUGCCUUGUAGCCGAGACCCAGCCAAUCGCUCCCAUAUCGACAAGACCAUCCUGCUGGUACAGGUGGAAGAUAAGCUAGUGCCCAUUAUUGAGACUGGGGUCAUUGAGUUGGGUGCAGAGGUUUGAGACAGGCAAGCACACACAUCACACACACGUCACACACACACACAGAUCAUACACACACGUGCUUGUGUGAAGAUGAAGCCAGACCUCCCUGGUUUUCAGCAGGACGCUGGAGCCUGCAGACAAACAGGAAACGGGAGCCCUCCCCCCCUCCCCCGUUUCUUAUCACUGAGGGGGAAAGGAAGCCAGGGAAAAGUGCAAGCAGAGGCAGAGCAUACAUUCAUCCAUCAUCCUUUACUGCAUCGACAUACACCCACAGUAUCUGCCUUGCUUCGCGUCUCAGAAAUGCUGCAUGACAGUAAACAACCCUUAAGUUAAGUUAGUUCUUGCUACUGGUAAUUAAUUUCUAUGCAUUUCAUUGACUAUUUUGUUGGCAAUUCUGACAGAGUUGAGUGUAACGAGCAUUUGGAGAUUUUUUUUUUUUUGUGUGUUUUGUCUUUAAAUAAUUUGCCAAAUAAGCCUGGUAUUGAAUAUCUGCCAUGGUUUCAUACAUGUGAAAGCUUUUUUUUUCGCUGCCAAGACGACAGAGAAAGUUGCGGUGCAGAACAGAUUGAAGUCAGAGACUUGACGGUGCUGUGCUCAACAAACUUCUCUGUUUCAUUGUUGUCAUUCCGUUUCAAUUAGUUUGAAAUUUCGCAAGAUUACUUUUGCGCAAAGGAAAAAAAAAGUUGCACUACAAUUUUUGUUGUUUGAUUUACAGUGAUGCACUACAAUCUUUAGAUAAUAUCACAUUUUAUUUAUUACAGACUCUGAAUGGCCAUGGUUACAGAUGCCUUGGGAAUGAAAAAAAAUGCAAUCAUUAUUCUGUUUUCAGCCAUUUUUAUUUUACAAUUUUAUGUUUGAUAAACUUGAAAAUAACUUUUUACUGUAUAUGAUUAUAUUGAUAUCUAUAUAUAAUAUAUAUAUAUUUACACAAAUAUAUAUAUAUGAUGUAAAUGUAUAAAAGAUUUUGUUUUCAAUAUUUAUUACUGUGAACAUGGUAUUUACACUUUGUUACAUCUUUUUUUUUUUUUUCAUUUCAUUUUGGGACAAAGGUUAAUGUAUUAAGGACCAUUGGUUGAAAACAAGAUGCCAGAUUUUUGAUGGACUGUUUCACUAUUUAACUUAAUUCUUUUCUAUAUGGAGAAAUAAAAGUUUGAUUUAUUGCUGACAUCUUUAA